UGUUACAUGAUGUUUAUAAUGUGGCAUAAUGUUUAAGAAAGUUGAUGGAUAGUGUGAGUGGCUCAUAAGAGGUGGGAAUUUAAGUACAUGGUGACACUUUUGCUACUUUCUGUUCAUUAUACACCGAACGUUUUUGAAAGUGUUAAUCUACAGGAUUAAUAAAAGAAUGAAUGAAUGAACUGAUUCAACAAUAGCGCGCAAGGAUGCAGGAUUGUUUUUCUGCGUUUCUUCAGUUUGUAAAUUCAGGAUCAUCUAUGAUAAAUUAUUAGGUUAGUGUAUGAUAGUUAUAUAAUAAACACGCGAUGACAUAAAGAACACUUACAACUUCUUACAAAAACCUGUCUCACAGCAAUCUUUUUUACCAACAUGGGAACUUUGGUCUGUCCCUUGUGUUGUAAUGAAAAAUUUUCAAACCAGCUGUCACUCAGAUAUCAUUUGUUGAGUGUCACAGAUAAUGUGUACUGCCCUGAAUGCAGUCAGCGGUUUGAUAGCAUUCUCCAGCUUGCUGAUCAUUUGAAUGGCAUGUGUGGAAAAGCAGAAUUUAUUAGUGAAUCUGAAGGAUAUAUGCCAACAGAAAAUUUAAUUGAAGAAGAGAGAGUGGUAGUACAUGAAGGCAAGACACAUGAUCCAGAAGUCACUGAGCUAAGCAAUUCAGAAAAUAUGAACUCUGAUUUCCAUGAGGAAGAAAUGCACCAGGAGAUUCCAGUUGCAGCUGACCCCCAGCUGGGUGGUUCAGAAUCAGUGUACCUGGUUUCAGGCAUAGAUGUCCAGCAAAGAGAUGUUACUCUUUUCAAGAAAGACUAUGUUAAUGUCACCGAGCAGAAGUUGCAUGUUGCAGUUGAUCACAAAAGUUCAAGCAGUGUAAUGGAACAGAGAUAUUCCAAUGGCAGUAAUGACGUUGUUGAGAAAUCUGUCGGGGCUGAAGAGGAUUUGCCUGAGAAACUGUCUGAUUUUGAAACAAAUGAAUCAAUAAUGCUGGAUGGUCAGGAAUUUGACAGGGUUAUACACAGUUUAUCAUCAGCGGGUGAAGGGAUGGGUGAUAGUAUGGAGUCGCAACAUGCUUUAUCUGAAAUGGAAGAUCCUGGUGACGGACAGAUGGUCUGCGGCACAUACACAUGUUCCAGCUGUGGGAUCACCUUUAACUCUGUGAUGGAACAUGUAAGAAUGUACCAUGGUGGAGAGGAAGUUGUUAUUGAGGUACCACAGGCUAAGAAAAUUGCCCUUGAGAAGUUGAUUAGAUCUUCAAAGGAAGUUUUGGGAGCCCAUGAUGAGCAGAUGAUGGAUAUUUUACCUCAGUCUAAUGAUGUUAAUGAGACGGCAGGUCUGGAAGAGAGAACGGGCGCAACAGAUUUUGUGUCUGGCUUUUCUGAAAUUCAGCAACAGUCAUCAGAAUUUCAUCCAGAAAACCAAACGAAUGCUUCAAAUCAUGCUGCUGCUGCUAAUGGUGAAAGUCAUGAAAAUGUCAAACCAUAUCCAUGGGCUAAGGAGAGGACUCGAGUUGUUGCAGAUGAAGAGAAAAUAAAGCAAAUUGUUCCUGACCCGAAACGGGUUAUUCCCUCUGUUCAUGUAAGAGAAGAACAUGUAACUGGUGAGGUGAAAUAUGUCAGCAAAGAGGUGAAAAUUGGCAGAUUCUGGGAAACUAAACCUGAUACGGAUUCAAAUAAUGAAAGUGCUAAUACAAAUAAUAAUAUUAAAGUGCCCAUAUUAUCUGUGCCUGGUAGGCUGAAGAUGGAAAGUAAGAGGCAACUUUUCAAGAAGGACACUAGAACCAGCAUUGAGAAAUUAUUUAGUGGUAAUUUUUUAUUAAAAGGGUCUGGGGGUCGUGGAACUAGGCCAGGACCCUAUCUUGGGGUAAAUAGGGUUCCAGAAGUAAAGGUAAUUAUGAGCCCUGGUGACAAAGGAAUAGAAAAUGCAAUCUCUGUGUUUACAUGUAGUACAUGUCAGCAAGAAUUUGGUAAUGUGUCUGCAUUCGAAAGACAUUCUUGUACCAUCGCAAAAAUGUGUACCUUGGUCUGUAAGUUGUGUGACGAGGAUAUAGUUGAUAUGAAGGAAAUGCGUUCGCACAUGGAAUCAGUUCACAAUGUUAAGUCCGAGAUGCCGAACAUGAUGAAAAGGAAGUACAACAUGCAGAUGUUACCUGCGCCCGUGAAGUGUGAAUCGUGCGAUAUGACGUUCACAACGAUAAGAGCUUUGAAGUUGCACAGGAAGGUGCAUGAACGGGCAGAACUGAAAGAACUGAAAGUCCCUCUGGAGUGUCCAGUUUGCCAUAAUAUGUGCUCAACCAGUCGAACGUUGAAGCAGCACAUGAAAGUGCACGCAAAACCAUUGCCUGGGAAGAAAAUUGAAGAUGGUGCUGGGGCAACCGAAGAGGAUGUGAAUGCUAAGGCAGAGAAGGGCGAGACACCCAGUUCGCUUGCAUGUAAAGUGUGUUGUAAGCCAUUCAGCAGUAAUGAUGAGUUGCGGGUGCAUUGGCAGGAACAUCUGAUUAAAGAGGAAGAUGAGGAGGAUGAAGAAGAAGAAAAACUGGUAGAGAAGACAGAUGAUGGGUCAAUGGAACCUGCAGUGCCGGAGGAGGAUGGUAUGCAGAACAAGAAGAACACUGUGCCAUGCGCGAGGUGUCACAAGGAGAUAGACAAGUGCUGUAAAGAGGAACAUAUGGCGAAACAUUUCUCCCCUCUGAGGUAUGAUUGUCCAGUUUGCAACAAGACCUUCAGCAAACAUGGCCACCUCAACAUGCACAUGCGAAUCCACAGAGGAUUCAAAGAAUGCUCAUGCAUCCACUGUGGAAAGAUAUUUGCAAACAUGAAUCUUCUGAGGACACACGUUCAGUCUCACAUGAUCCACCGUCCUUACAAAUGUGGUUUCUGUGGACGUGGCUUCUUCCGACCUCAUGACAAGGUAGAGCAUGAACGUGUUCAUACAGGAGAGAAGCCUUAUCACUGCUCAGUGUGUGGCAUGCAGUUCAGAGUGCGAUAUUGUCUCACCCUCCACAUGAGGCGACACACAGGUAUCCGUCCCUACAACUGCAAGGUGUGUGGCAAAACGUUCCGAACUGGCACAGCAUUCAAGGCUCACACUAAGAUCCAUCUGGAUGAACGUGCUUACAAGUGUCCCUCCUGCCCGAAGAAGUUCAACACAUUGAUCCAACUUCUGGGUCACAAGAACAGCCAUACGAAGCCCUACUCCUGUGUGGAAUGCAACCGGCCAUUUUCAUCCCUCUAUGCUGUUCGGAAGCAUAUGGAAUCUCAUGAGGAGGGGAACAGUGGCAAGGUGCCCCUCAAGUUCCAGUGUGAUGUAUGUGGGGCAUCUUACGCACGCAGGUUUGCUCUCAAGGAUCACCUCAAGGUCCAUGGUCCUAAUAUUCCUUCAACAGCAGCUGAUAAAAAUUGCUCCGAUGAUUCAUCAAGUGACAUAUCAUGAGCUGACAUUUGGUUUUCUUAGUGACUGAUGUUAACACAGGAAAGUGAAAUUUACAGCACACACAUUUGGAUUUUGUCAAAUGACAAACUGUUUACAGUCAGCAAUCUGUAACUGAGAAUAAAUGCACAGUAGGUCAGACAGAAUUGAGUUAUUUCCCAUGUACCAGGUGUUAUGUGUGUAAAUAAAGAAAACCGUUGCAUUUUGUGCACACAUUAACGUACUGAGGAGUUUGGUGUAGUUCUGAGACUCUUAAGGCUAUUGUUCUUAAUUUAUAUGGCUUGAAUUGAAUCGUUCUCCGUGGAGCAAUAUUAUAUACAGAGUCCUCCUGUGCAAUGCCUGGUUAUUGCUGGAUGGGGCUUGUUUUGGAAAUGUAGUGCUAUGCAUACUUAAAAGUUUACAUUUAUUUGUUCUGCUGCA